AUGGAUAAAAGUAAAUUCAAGUAUAGGCUGGAGAUCCAGCAGAUGAUGUUUGUGAGCGGCGAGACGAACGAUCCGCCCGAGAGCACGACUAUGGUGAUUGAGACAAUUGUCAAGGACCAGGUGAUUGAGCUAAUUUUGCAGGCCCAAAAGACGGCCAAUGCCAGGGGACAAAAGAGUAUUUUACCGGAGGAUGUGAUAUUCAUGAUUAGACACGACAAGGCCAAGGUGAAUCGGCUUCGAACAUAUUUGUCGUGGAAAGAUGUGCGGAAGAACGCCAAGGACCAGGAAUCUGGAGACAUUGGUGCUGGUAACGAGCUUCUGGACAACCCUGCGGGAGGGGCAGGCGGGGCGGCCAACGCGAGCGGAAUCGACAGCAAGAUGUUGGCCAAGCAGAAAAAAUCGCAGAUUCGGCUUCCGUGGGAGCUCGAAUUCAUGUUCAACGAACAGCCUAUGGAACUGAACGAUGAUGGAACCGGAAACCAGAUCGACGAGGAGGAGCGCGAGGCUGUUCUUGCACAGCUGAAACGGCUUAAGCAGAACGACGAGCGUACCAAGAAUAUGACCCAGAAGGAGUAUGUGCAUUGGUCGGAGUGUCGUCAGGCCAGUUUCACGUUUAGAAAAGCCAAGCGGUUUAGGGAGUGGUGUGGAAUGGCGCAGAUCACAGAGAGUCGUCCCAACGACGAUGUGAUCGACAUUCUCGGGUUCCUGACGUUUGAGAUGGUGUGUUCACUGACGGAGAAGUCGCUGGAGAUUAAACGCAGUCGUGUUGAAGAGUUCAGACAGGAAAAGGAGAGCAAGAAGAGAAAGUACUUGUUUGACGAGCCCAGCAACGACACCAAGCCGAUCAUGCCCGAAUUGGAGAAAAAUAAUUUCAUUCACUUUGUUAUGACAACUCUUUUGCAACAGGCCGGUCCGUUCACCGACCCGGACUACACGCCAGAGUUUGGCGUGGAGUCUCUUGUGACGAGCAAAAUUCUGGUGCUUGGUGCUGGUGGUUUAGGGUGCGAGAUCCUCAAGAACCUGGCUCUUUCUGGGUUUCGCCAUAUAGAGUGUAUUGACAUGGACACCAUUGAGAUUAGCAAUUUGAACCGGCAGUUUUUGUUCAGACCAAGCGAUGUGGGUAAGUCGAAGGCCAUUGUGGCGUGCGAGUUUGUUUCCAAACGUGUUUCCAGCAAGGAACUGACAAUUGUGCCUCAUUUCUGCAAAAUCCAGGACUUCGACGACGCCUUCUACUCGCAAUUCUCGAUGAUUGUGUGUGGCCUCGAUAGCAUUGGGGCUCGGCGGUGGAUGAACGAGAAACUGAUCACUCUCGCGGCCACCACGGGCCAGCUGAUUCCCUGGGUCGAUGGUGGAACCGAAGGUUUCCAAGGAUCGGUCAAGCUGAUGAUCCCCACCAUCACGGCGUGUUUCGAGUGCUACAUGAAACUCGUUCCUGUCCAGACAACGUACCCGCUGUGCACCUUGGCGUCUACGCCGAGAUUGCCCGAACAUUGCAUCGAAUGGGCCCACCAACUUGAAUGGUCCAGAAUAUACCCAGACUCAGACUUCAACGCAGAUAUUCCGGACCACGUCGAGAAAAUGUACCAGCUGGCCAAGGCGCGCGCCACCCAGUUCGGCAUCGACGGAGUGACCAAGUCCAAGACGCUGGGCGUGGUGAAAAACAUCAUUCCGGCCAUCGCAGCCACGAAUGCCGUGGUGGCAGCAGCCUGCUGCCACGAGUGCUUCAAGUUCAUCACGUCGUGCGCAGAAAACAUGCGCGACAGCAUGUACUACAACGGCGAGACCGGCGUUGUUUGUGUUUCCGACCCGUACGACAAGGUGGACGACUGCAAAGUGUGCGGCAGCCUGCCGCGGGAACACCUAAUCACCGACACCACCACUUUGCAGGAGUUUGUGGACGAGGUGUCGGUCAAAUUUUCACUGGAACAGCCGCUGUUCUUUACUGUGGAGGGCGACCUGUACAACGCAAAAUCGCCAUCAAGUUCAACACCAACCUCCAAACUCGUCAACCUGCUCCCCUUCGCAAACGGUGUUUCCGGGCUCCAGGUCAACGUGGUAGACACCUCUACACCAGAAACUUACAAGCUAAUACCGAGACUAGUACAACUUCUCAACCUCUGGGGUGAUGGUAUCGGCACCUGCGGUCCAGUUGGCUGGGCAAACCUCACCGUACUUCUCGGUGAAUUGGAAGGCCUCGACGAGUCUCAAGGACUCCUCGACGUUUCUUCCGACUGGCAAGUCGUUGAUGGUGGCCUGUCUCAGAACUCCGUUAGGGUCGAUCAAGAAGAUACCUCUAAGAGCGAUUCCCUCGUCCUCGAGCAAGACACCGUAGUCCUUAGAAAGGGUGUGGUUCUUGUCGGAGACCAAUGGGAUGUUGACCUUUCCAAGACCACCAUCGGCACGUGCAACGUUGGUCCAGGCGAGCAAAGUGUACUCGGAGUCGGUGGAAGCGAACAGAACCUCAACGUCUUUCUCGGCGAACUUCUUAACAGCGUCCGAGUAGGCAAUGAUUUCGGUUGGGCAGACGAAAGUGAAUGCCAUUGGGAUGAAUGCGAGCAACACCCACUUACCCUUGUAUUGUUCAAGGGUGAUGUCUUCGAACACACCGUCAAUAACGGCGGUCUUGGAGAAGCUUGGAGCUGGCUUUUGGACAGUGGCAACCAUUGUAUUUAUUUAAUUGAUAUUAGAUGGAUGGAAAUAAUGUGGGUAAACCACCAGCUUUUAUAUUCUCUCCUAUUACGAUUGAGGGAGGACUGGACCGCCUAUGCUUACAUAAAUGCAGAUUGUUAG